UGGAGGCAGCAGCACACAGCAGCAGACACAGGGGGCAGGCCAAAGCCCACAGGGGGGGGUAGAGUACCAUGGCCUACCGCGGUCCGAUGCAGGAAGAAGCUACUUUCGUCGAUGACUUCAUGGACGGUAUGACCACCAUGCCCAACGAGAUCAGGCGAAACUCGCAACUGAUGCGAACGCUGGACAAAGACGCACAUGGUCUCUCAUCAGAGCUCGAGGCCCUGCACAACAAGUUCUUGGGGCAGGCGAGAGAGAAGAUGAAGGCGAGAGGGGACAGCCAGGAACUCGACCCGAAGGUCCUCGUUGAUGACCCCCCCCUGAUGGCCGAAAUCGACAGCUUAUUCUCCCGCACCAAGCAGAUCGUCGACGAAAAGGUUGCGAUCGCGGACCAGACGCACCAGAUGGUGGCAGACAGACUAAAGAGGCUCACGACGGACCUCGCUAGCUUCGAGCAGACCCUGCACAGCCAGGGGGAGUUCGACGUGGGGGCCGCGCAGCCGGGGGACCAGGUGGCCUUCCAGGAGGACCCCGAGGCGGACUGGGUGCUGGGCAGGGUGUUGUCGUGGAUGCACGAGACCGGCCAGUACGAGGUGAUGGACGAAGACGACAAUAGCAAGAAGCUCACCAUGGACGAGCACCAGGUGAUACCGUUGGAGGGACGAACAGAGCGGCUAUCGAAGGGAGACGAUGUGCUGGCUGUCUACGUGGACACCACCUCCUUCUACCACGCUACCAUCGCGAUACCGCCGAGGGGAAGAGGCCAAAUCGGAAAUGGGGGGACGGCGCACGUGCAAUUCGUGGACGAUGCGGACGAGCACGGCGUUACACCGCACCGGGCGGUGCCAAUCAUUCACAUUAUAAAGCUCCCGCUGGGCUCGUGA